AUGAAUCAAGGGCAUCAGCCAAUAAACCUCAAUCUGAACUGCAACUCUGACGCGAAUUCAUUCAACGAUGAUCACGCUGACAAAAGUGCUGAUUUUGAAGCACUUAUCCAAGUUAUCAGCAACCCGCUUUACUUCGGCCUUUUGAUGGCUGGGUCAUUUGUUCUUGGCUUCAUCGUUGCCACCUUGAUUUGCACUCGCCGAUUCAAGAAAGCACGAAAAAAGAAAGAACAGCCAAACGGCGGAAUCAACCUCAAUCUAAACUGCAACUCUGAAGCCAACUCGCUUAACGAUGAUCACGCUGACAAAAGCGCUGAUUUUCAAGCAUUUAUAAAUAUCAUCAGCAAUCCAACAUACUUUUUCCUGAUGAUGGCGGGAGCCUUCAUGAUUGGCAGUAUCCUCACAUGCACGGUUUGCCUGUGUCGAUCUGGACGAAUGCGAAAGGGCUACAAAAAAGAAAUCAAAGAAAUACGCGAAGAAAACAAGGAAGAGCGAAAACAACAAACAAACGCGAACAACACAUAUCAUCCCUCCCCGAUGAUCAUGCCUAUUUCGCCACCACCAGCAUAUCAUCAGCAGUUGCCUCAAUUCCAAACAUCGACGCCAAUGAUUGUGGGCCACGCCGCUUCUCCACGAUUCGACCGGAGCUUCACAGAGCCUGAUCCAUUCCGAAUGUCAAUUGGCAAAGUCUCACGAAUAAGUUACAUCGAAGAGCUUCCUCCAACUCCAACUCGUCCACGACGAACUAGAAACGCAUCAGGCCGAAGAACACGACCUAGCAAUCUUCGCGCGAAUAUCUUCGCCGAUGAAAAAGCCGAACGAGCAAGCCAGUAUUCGAAGAAUGAAUUUGAAUGA